GGAGCCCCGUGAUGUGGUUUGGUGUGUGUGGGGGAGGAUAGCAGCAGCAGCAGCAGCAGCAGCGGCAGCAGCUACCAGCCAGAUAAACACUCAGCAUUGGUUUGCAGAGAGCAGGGGGAACAUGGCGGCACAGUUAGCCAGCAGAAAUGUUGUUUCACUACCGCGAAGGUCAGAGCUGGCUGGGAUAAACGGGAUUUAAACAGCGUGGACUCGGCGGAAAGUUUCAAAGCCAGAGAGAAGUGGAUGAUGUGCAAAGGUUUCCAGGCGUUAUUGUCUUGCAGCAAUGGCCUGAGGGACUCUCUGGACUAAGACCAAGCAUGGGAAUGUCCAGCCGUCGUGUCGUUCAGGAGGAAAACAAGAUCCAUGUCCCAGAGACGCUGAUAUGCAUUGAGAAUGAGUGGAGUCGGUGAAAACUCAUCUGACCCUGCAAGGGCAGAAGCACGAAAACGCAAGGAAUGCUCUGCUGAACUCAUAGGACCCAGUCCCAAGAGGAGCAACGAGAAGCGCAACCGUGAGCAUGAGAACAAAUACAUCGAGGAGCUCGCCGAGCUGAUCUUCGCCAAUUUUAACGACAUUGACAACUUCAACGUCAAACCUGACAAAUGUGCAAUCCUGAAGGAAACUGUGAAACAGAUCAGGCAAAUAAAGGAGCAAGAAAAGGCGGCAGCAGCAAACGAGGAGGAGGUGCAGAAGGCUGAUGUCUCAUCAACAGGCCAAAGUGUGAUUGACAAAGAUGCCUUGGGACCAAUGAUGCUGGAGGCCCUUGAUGGCUUCUUCUUUGUGGUGAACAUGGAGGGUAACAUCGUAUUUGUGUCUGAGAACGUGACCCAGUACCUGCGCUACAACCAGGAGGAGCUGAUGAACACCAGCGUUUACAGCGUGCUGCAUGUUGGAGAUCACGCCGAGUUCAUCAAGAACCUGCUGCCUAAAUCCCUAGUCAACGGCGUGCCGUGGUCCAAUGAGGGUCCGAGGAGGAACAGCCACACGUUCAACUGCCGCAUGCUGGUGAACCUGCACAGCGAGAACCAGGACGAGUCGCACGAGCCCCAGCAGCAGAAAUAUGAGACCAUGCAGUGUUUUGCAGUGUCAGAACCCAAGUCCAUCAAGGAGGAAGGAGACGACUUCCAGUCGUGCCUGAUCUGCGUGGCUCGGAGGGUCCCAACGAAGGAAAGACCCAUGCCUCCCACGCACGAGAGCUUCACUACUCGACAGGACCUGCAAGGUAAGAUUACGUCCUUGGACACGAGUCUACUGCGAGCGUCCAUGAAACCGGGCUGGGAGGAUCUCGUCAGGCGCUGCAUCCAGAGGUUCCAUCUACAGAACGACGGGGAGAUGUCUUUUGCCAAGAGACAUCAACAAGAAGUGCUCCGCCUAGGUCAAGCAUUCAGUCCCAUCUACCGAUUCUCCCUUUCUGACGGAACCAUAGUUUCUGCCCAAACAAAGAGUAAACUGCUGCGCUCACCUGCCACCAACGAACCCCAGCUCUACAUGUCCCUGCAUCUUCUACAGAGGGAGCAGUCCGUGUGUGGGAUGGGUCAGGACAUGUGCAAUCAGGAAACAGGGAUGGCCCCCAAACCAAUGAACCCUUCCACUCCCUCCAUGACUCCACCAACCCCAGGCAGUUUGCCCGGCUCAGGGCUUCAGGGCCAAGACACUACGAUCAGCAGCAACAGCACGCCUUUCUCUCCCGCAGGCCCGGCUGGUCCCAGAGAACCGGCGGCCAUGGGUGGCCAUAUGCAAGGCUACCGUUUCGGCUGUCCGCCGCCGCACCCUAACUACACUGUGGGCAUGCAGCCACCACAGCAGGGCCCCAACUGGAGGAUGAACAGCCCCUCUCGUGCCAGCCCCAGUCCAGCCGGAGGGCCCCACCCACCUCAGCAGAACUCUAUGCUGUCCCCCAGGCACAGGGGCAGUCCCGGUGGCGCGGGCAGUCCUCGCGUAGCUGGAGGCCUACAGUCGCCCUCUCCUGUCGGAAUGUGUGGCGGUGGCCCUGGAAGUGUUGGCGGCAGCACUACAGGUAGCGCCCAUCCUAACAGCUACACUAGCAGUUCUCUUUCUGCUCUGCAGGCCCUCAGCGAGUGCCACGGGGUAGGGCAUGGACACGGGCCCUCUCAUGCACAUACGCUAGGCUCCCCAGACCGGAAGAUAGGCUCCCCAGCUGGGGUCACACCAGGGUCGGGGGUAAGUCCUCACAUGAUGUCCAAACUCGGAGGAACCUCGAGUAUUUCUGGUGGAGCAGGAGACUUUGGACCUAACUCAGAGGUGAAUCAGGGACACAACCAGGCUGAGAGAAACCAAACGGAGGCCAAGGAGGAACGCGAAGGGUCCCUCGAGGGUCACGACGGUCACAGUCGUAUGCAUGACAACAAGGGGAACACAAAAUUACUGCAGUUGCUCACCACGAAGCCAGAACCUCUGGAGACGCCCCUGUCCCCAGGGGCCGGAGGAGAGGGAAAGGACCAGGCUGGCACCGGAGCGCGAGGCGGCCACGCGGUCGGGAGCGCUCACGCCACGUCCCUCAAAGAAAAACACAAAAUCCUCCACCAACUGCUUCAGAACAGUACAUCCCCUGGAGACCUCCCCAAACUCACUGCUGAGGCAAUGGGCAAAGAGCUGGGCCAGGACCAAUCACAGGGUGCCGGAAACACAGUGUCUGGGGCAGAAAUCACUCCUAAGCAGGAGCCGCUGAGCCCUAAAAAGAAGGACAAUGCACUGCUGCGCUAUCUACUGGAUAAGGAUGACACUGUAAUGAAGGACAAGGUCUCUAAGCUGGAGCCCGGGGAGGUGAAGGUCAAGGAACACCCCCAGGUCAAGGUGGAGAAACAAGAUGCAGGAUAUGAUCGUGCUGAGCAGUCAUCGGAGCUCGACGACAUCCUUAACGACCUGCAGAAUGCUCAGCCGCAGCUCUUCUGUGAGCAGCGGCCGGUUUCGUUACCCAGUCCCAUGGACAAACAGAUCCUCUUAAAUGACAUCCUGCAGCUCUCUGAGAACAACCCGGCCAUGGCGGCACAGCAGCAGCAGCAAAGAGGCCUGGGACCUGGCAUGGGUCAGACUAACUUUGGAGCUGUCAGACCUGGGCAACAAGGCAGGAGUUUGCCUUUGAGGAGUGUCUCUCUGGACAUGAACGUACCCCCACAGCAGCCAUCAUUGCAGUACCCCGUUAGGGCCAACAGCCCGUACACGUUGAUACAACAGCAGCAAGGCAUGUUGGGAAGUCAUGGUAUCAUGCCCAACCAGGCCGGUAUGAGCAAUUCAGGAAUGAUGGCCGCAGGUGGUCCGCGGCCAGGCAUGCAGCAGCAGGAGGGCUGGAACAGUUCAGCCUCUGCUCCUCCCAUGGGAGCAUCUGCACCGGGACAACAAGGUGCCAUGCAGGGUCGGAUGGUACCCGGCACUGCCCCGAUGAGGCCAAACAGCCAGCCGGGACCCCGACCGAUGCUCCAGUCUCCGAUAAUGGCCAAUGCGCAACCUGAUAUGGACAUUGGCAUUGUUGGCCACCAUUUCUCCCAGCAGCAGGCUCCUCCCAACCAGACGGCCCCCUGGCCCGAUAGCAUGAUGCCAAUUGAUCGGACAGCUUUUGCAAACCAGAACAGGCCUGCACAGCAAGAUGAUCUCCUUUGCAAUCCGAAUCUUGGUAGUGAUGGUAGUGCAGUGGAUGAGGGUGCCUUGAUGUCCCAGCUGUACUCUGCCCUAAAAGAUUUUGACGGUCUAGAAGAGAUAGAUCGAGCUCUAGGGAUCCCUGCGCUGGUCGAACAGAGCCAGUCACUGGAACCAGACCAGUUCUCCCAAGACCCCUCCAUCAUGUUAGACCAGAAGCCCCCCAUGUACGCGCAGCAAUUCGGCCCUCCGACCUCCCACAUGGUGCAGAGGGGCUUUGCCGGCACACCCAUGCAGGAGCCCAGCUUUCACCCAAUGCCCGGCCAGAUGGGCCCCCGGCCAGGCUACCCCAUGAUGAGGAUGCAGUCACGGCCCGGGCUUAGGCCGGGUGCUGUCGCUCCGAACCAGCCCAAUGCACUACGGCUGCAGCUUCAGCACCGGCUUCAGUCACAACAGAAAAGUCAGCCCAUGAUGACUCAGAUGAGUGGUCUCUCAACUGUGAACCUACCUCUAAGAGCUAAUGCUUCAAACCAGGGAAACAUCAACGCUCAUAUGUUGGCGCAGCGUCAGCGGGAGUUGCUCAGUAACCACCUGAGGCAGAGGCAGCAGCAGCACGUUCAACAGGCCCAGCAGGUCCAGCAGCAGCGGACCAUAGCCAUGAGGGCCCAGGGCCUCAACAUGGCCGGAGGCAUGAGCAACCCCAGGAAUCCCCAGGCCGCCCCCCAGCAGUUCCCCUACCCACCCAGCUACGGUACCGGUACAAGCCUGGCCUCGUCACCUCCCCCCACCAGCCCCUUCUCCUCCCCUCUCUCCCCCAACCCUCAGCUCCACCUGCAUGGUACCUCCUCUUCCUCCACCUCCUCCUCCUCCUCACAGAUGAUGAUGGGAAACACAAACAUGAUGGGCGGACAAUAUGGGGCCGUACUAAGCCCCCAAAUGCAGCACAGUGCCUUUCAGUUUCCCAACUCAGGUUUGACACAACAAGCAGAUGGGAGUUUUGCAGGAGCCAGCACGCCACAGAGCCCCCUGCUUUCGCCACGCAUUGCCCACACGCAGUCUCCCAUGAUGCAGCAGGGCCAACAGAACGCCGCCUUUCAGGGUUCCCCUGACAUGAAUGGAUGGCCACAGGGUAACAUAGGGGGCAACAGUAUGUUCGCGCAGCAGCAGCAGGCGUCGCCUCAGUUCACCCAGCAGAACAGCAGCAACAUGUACAACGGCAACAGCAUGGGCAUCAACAGCGUUUCCAUGGCCACCAACAUGGUUACCAGCAGCAUGGGUCAGAUGAGCGGACAGAUGAGCGUCACAUCCAUGGCGUCGGGGUCUUCGCCGGGCCUGCCCUCAAUGGGGCAAGAACAGAAAUACUGUUGACCCACCUGAAGCUUCAUAACACCAACCUCAGAGAUCAGCUGGUGCAGGGAGCGCGUCGGCCCUUUAAGAAUCUUUAAAACAAACUCCUAACUAACCGGCUGCCCCUUGGACCAGCCAUGCCGUGUCCUGAGCCCCUUGCCCUCCCCCCCCAAGCUGACCCCUCGGGGCCCAGACUGACACAGGGGUGAGCAGGCCAGCCUACCUGCCCGUCCAGCCGCAUUCACCGUAGUGUGACUUACUGUAGGGCCCUCUCGUUGGGAUACACUGACUUCAGGGAGCAGAGGGGGCAUCAGUGGAUGUGAUGAAUGUAUUCCUCUCAGCGGACAGCGGCCAUCUACAAUCUCAUCUCGGAGACGGACUGAAAGGUUCUCUCUUCACUCAUUUGGGACAUUUCCUCAUGGGUUCCAAACGGCAGCAGAGACUCCCAGAUCAUGUUAAAGAGAGCAAGCGGAGCUCAAUUGUUUGUGGGGUUUUCCUCCUUUAUGCUGUUUGCUGUAUUUUAUUUUAUUGCUAAAUGUUUGUUUUUUUUUCUUAUCCAAAUUAAUAUGUAGAUGGAAGAUACGGGGGGGGAAUCUUGAUAAACACUGCAGAAUGAUUUGAUUGGAAUUCUAUUAUUAGAAUAAUUUAGUCAAGAGGUUUAUAUAGUGUAUUAAAUUAAGUUUUAUUUUUCUGUAUAGAUUCAUUUUAAUUAUUGUAGAUGAUUCUUUAUCCUUGUAGCAAGAAGAUUCCUUAAAGUGUGAAAGAAGCACUUUUUAUUGGGGGUUUUUUUUGGCCGGUUUUUUUUUUCACAAUAAUAGUUGAUAAGAUUCUUCUAAUCGCCUGAAUUAUGGAUUAAAAUCUUGGUCCAGAUGUUUCAGAAGAUGUCAAAAUCAAAUAUGGUUCAAAAUGAAUUGUACAUACCGAUGAGUAAAAACCUUUGCUUUCCUAUUUAUUUUAUUCCUUACUGGUCACUACUGCCUCUCUUAAAGCAGAGCAGUUAUACUUGCUUCUUUUGUUGUUGUUGUUCUCUGAAGUCCUGACAUUCUGGUACGACUCGGACAUGGGGUGCAGGUGGGUGGUGAGGGGGUGUGCUGUGUAUACAGUGUACAGAUUACGGCUUGCUUCUCUGCCUUUUAGCAUAGAACACACACAUACAAGAAAAAAGAGUUUUAAAAAAAAUCCUCACAGCCAUACAUUAAGUCAAAACUAUAAAAAAGAGUGUGCUUUCUUUGUUGUCUGGAGUGAAAUUGCUUCGUACAAGCUGCUAGGUGCAAACUGUUUGGGUGUGAUGUAAACAAGCAAUAAUUACUUGAGAAUCCUUUUCUGUUUUGUUUGUUUUUGUAAUUUUUGUACAGUUUCCUGAAUUUAAAGAGA